AUGUGUCGCGUCUCCCCCCAAUGGAAACCAAAGAAUAUCUCUCCCUCACUUACUGCUCUUCCUACACCCUCUCCCUCACUUACUGCUCUUCCUACACCCUCUCCCUCACUUACUGCUCUUCCUACACCCUCUCCUUCACUUACUGCUCUUCCUACACCCUCUCCUUCACUUACUGCUCUUCCUACACCCUCUCCUUCACUUACUGCUCUUCCUACACCCUCUCCCUCACUUACUGCUCUUCCUACACCCUCUCCCUCACUUACUGCUCUUCCUACACCCUCUCCCUCACUUACUGCUCUUCCUACACCCUCUCCUUCACUUACUGCUCUUCCUACACCCUCUCCUUCACUUACUGCUCUUCCUACACCCUCUCCUUCACUUACUGCUCUUCCUACACCCUCUCCCUCACUUACUGCUCUUCCUACACCCUCUCCUUCACUUACUUACACCCUCUCCACACUUACUGCUUCUACACUCUCUCCUUCACUUACUGCUCUUCCUACACCCCUCUCCUCCUACGACCAUGGCAGUAGUAAGCAGUCAAAAAGCAGCAAAACCUGUCCAGGAUGGCGACAAAAAUGCACCCCGUGCCGGCUCAUUCCUGUGGAGCUCAACUCGGAGAAACCCGACGGAGAGAAUGACGAAGUGGCUUUGCCAGCACGCCCUUUCGUCAACUUGGGUAUGCCGGAUGCAGAGUUGUCCCCAGCUGGGAUCCUGUCAUCAUUGUUCCAGCCAGGCCGCCAGCCCGACGACACCAUCUGGUUGAUUGCUGGCACCACAGUCAUCAGGUUAGAAGUAUUUAUCUAG